AUGGCGUUUUGCCGUUUAGUUUUUCCUAUAUUAGUGCUAAGUGUUGUGUCCUGCGUCGCCAACCUGCAGGUGCCUGUAUUUCUGUGGGGUGAUUUGAAAACAUCUAUAAAAUCGAAUCCUCUCGUCAGCGUUACUGAGAGCGAGUUCGAGGAUACUCUGAAACAAGAGAUCAAGGACCAUUUUACGGUGAUUUUCGUCGAUGAAUCUCUUUCUGUUGAAGAUUUUUCACGCAAAAAUGACGACGGCGAAACAGCAUUCCCAUAUCUGCAUGCUAACAUCGGUAACUCCGUAUACUUACCAGCAGUCAAUAAUCCGAUAGAAGCUUUGGACAAUUUAGCGGACCCGGAAAAGGUGGAUCGUGUCAAACUAACCGAAAAUGGACUGUCCGCUGAAUUUGAGCCUGAAAGUGUUAAAAUUCUGUUCAUAACUCUGAAAGACGCGCGCGUUGGUGAAUCAAGGACCAGCUUGCUACGAAGACACAAUGAUUUUAUGGAAGAAAUGUUCACUAAACUCCAAAAUCAAUAUGGAAAUGUCGUUGCCAUUUACACCGCUGAUUUUCCAUCCUGGGUCGUCCCGGAGAGCCAUUCACGAGUCCGUCGUCAAGCCGAACCUUUAGCCCUUAACCAGUACUCAAUCAACGGCCUCAAACUGUACGUCCAAGACCUCAUCCUCUCGGACAACGGCGAGAAAACACAUUUGAACACCGUUUCAAGCCAGAGCUCGACUUUCAACGGCUCGGACAUGCUAACAACCAUCGGCUUUGGAGAAAACACGUUGACCUUGAGGUUUUUACAGAAAAUGGGCUACUGGUAUUUCAGAACGGUUACCGUAGAACAGAAGUCACAGCCAAAUGUCUCCGAAGUGCUUUACCCUAUAGAAGAAGUGUACUCAUACUUGGAUAUGUCCUACCGAUGCGGGCAAGAUGUUAUAUUCACCAACAGAAAUUACACCAAUUUUUACAGCCUUACAUUUACAAAUAUGAAGGUGCAACCGUUCUUCAAAGAUACAAAUAGCUCGAUAGUAUUCGGUGAAUCGGUAAAUUGCGUUGGUUUCUUCAGUGUACCUAUUUGGUCAGGGCUUUUCGUGGUUUUCAUUCUCCUAGCGAUCACCUUCUACGGUAUUCUGAUGAUGAUGGACAUCCGCACCAUGGACCGCUUCGACGACCCCAAAGGAAAAACCAUAACUAUAAACGCUAAUGAGUAA